AGGCGCACGACCUGGGACACGCAACUUACGGGACAGGACAGGCUUCGCAGACCAGGUCACAAAGCUGCGUCUCCCUUGGCUGACCAGUUUGACAGCCCCUCAACCCGAGCCCACUCAUUUUCAACACCAGCGAUUCAGGAUGGCGAUUAUACUCUGACGACCAUACACGUUUGAUAACUUGUCGUUGCUGUUUCGAGUUUGUAUAUGCACCGCCCUCGGCCCACUGCCGUCAAAGCUUCGAAUACUCGCCACGCACACGUCGCCAAGAUGUCCGACUUAUACCUCUCCCGAAUCCGCAGCUGGUUUCUCAGCUCGCCCCCCGCGGAAUGGGCCCUUCAACGCCUCCGAUCGGCUCUUAUCGGAGCGCUCUCCCAAGGCCCAAUCCCUCGACAUGUAGCCUUUGAGAUGGACGGGAACCGGCGGUACGCGCGAAGUCACAAGAUUGAGACCAUCGAGGGCCAUUCUCUGGGCUUUGAAGCUCUGGCUCGGGUUUUAGAGGUGUGCUACAGGUGCGGUGUCAAGGUCGUGACGGUCUACGCUUUCAGUCUCGAGAACUUCCACCGGCCCAAGUACGAGGUCGACGGGCUUAUGCAGCUCGCCAAAGUCAAGCUCGAACAGCUCAUACAGCAUGGGGAGCUGCUGGACCGAUAUGGCGCGAGUGUGAGGGUGCUGGGGCGCCUUGAUCUUAUCCCACCAGAUGUCUUGGAGGUUGUGGAGCGAGCGGUUGCCACAACGCAGGACAAUACGGAGUGCGUUCUCAACAUCUGCUUCCCUUACACGUCUAGGGAAGAAAUGACGACCGCGAUACGAACGACGGUGGAGGUGUACUCGACCACUCCGCGACCGCACAGCACCCCUUUCUCCCAGAACAGGAUAACGCAAAAGAUCCUAUCCAAGCAAGGGGGUAGUUCAAACCCGCUCGAGUCCAUCAGCGAAUCGCCCUCACCCUCCCCGUCAUCCUCCCCGUCCUUGUUGCACUCGGACGACCAAGACGACGCCGUGUCGACCGCGACGACGCUACACUCCGACUCGACAGCCGUCAAGAACGGUGGCGACCAGGAGGAAACGGUGGCCAUAUACCCUAACGUGGAGACCAUCACCUCGGACACCAUCGAGAAGCACUUGUACACGGCAGGCUGCCCGCCGCUCGACAUCUUCGUACGGACCAGUGGCGUGGAGAGACUGAGCGACUUCAUGCUGUGGCAAUGCCACCAGGACACCCACAUCUUCUUCCUCAAGUGCUUCUGGCCCGAGUUUGACCUUUGGAACUUUCUGCCCGUGCUAGUCGAGUGGCAGUGGAGGCAGAAGCAGAAGGCGAGAGACGAGACGCCGCGCAAGCGGGUGAAGCAGGCGUGAUAGUGUAAACGAGAGUUGUUUUGGUUCGAAGACGCAGGCGAAUGAUUUAAGACCAGGAUCAAACGUUUUGGCCGAGACAUGGCGUUCUGGCAGCGAAAGAGACCGGCAUUUCAUAUCAGCAUACCGGCAUCUUGGGCAGGGACGUCUGUUUGAAGACAAUUAUGUCAAGAAAGAGUUAUCUAUCGUAUCAACGAGUGCACUUCUGUCAACAACACUGGUUUUUUGCCCGGCGUCGAAUAGCUUCUCCCUCAAUGGAAAGACGCGGUGAC